AAACAAUUAAACAUUGUAUUGCUUUCUGGAUCAUCAUGCGUGUACACGUCCUAGCAGGUGCUGCGCUCUGUCUGCUAGCACGUGACUGUAGCGCAUCGACGGACGCAACUACCGAAUACUACAAAAUGAGAAAUUCUAUCCACUCACAGUGUGCGCGUAUGGACCCCACAAACAGCUCAAUUUACACCGGCGGCUGUGCCGAUCCCGACAUGCUAUACUUCCACUACAAUGUAACGUCCCGGAUGUUCAGUACGUACAACAACCUGUGCCUGAGCGUACAGAACGAGGUCGAUAUAGUACUCUGGAACGCCGAUGGUGACGGGACAGAGGCAAACGCGACCAGCACGUCGACAACGGUGUCAAGUGGUAGUCAAGGUAACCAAGCCACCUCGAACGCAGAGACGAGCGCACAGACAAGUACGAAUAUAAUCACAAGCACAGACACAUCAGCAACUAGCUCUGCGGACGCGAGUGAGUUGGGUAGCGACUACCAAAGCCUUUUAAACUCCUUCAGCCGCGCAGUGGCAUCGCGUCAGAGUGAGGACUCUGCCAUAGCCAUGGCAACGGUGACGGCUACCGAGACGAAUACAACAGCUGAAGCAGCCCAAACAUCUCAGGACGGGGACGGCCUGGUUUCGGGACAGGAGUCCCAGUUAAUGGCUUUUGAGUGCAAUUCUACGGAUACGAAGCAGAAAUUCGGGGUCAGCGAGGGCAUUUUUGGCCAGUUACUGUCGGACUACUACCAGCUGUGUGCCGAUGUCGAGCAUCAGCACUACAAUGCGCGAGUGAUCCUAUGGACGUGCAAGGACAUCAACAACUACAAAGCGCCGAACCAGCAGUGGUACUCAUACGGCUACGAGAGGAAUGUGACUGAGCUCAAUGAGACGUACUAUGAGCGCGAUCAGGGUGUGAACGUGCUCUGGCCAGAGGUAUCGGCCGGGUAGGAGACCCAUAGCUAGCUUGCUUGCUGCUUAUGCAAGUACUUGAUAUAUCAGCCUCUAGACGACGGGGUAUCUCAACUUAUAUAAACCUAACAUAAUGAUGUUUGCUGCAGUCAUGCGGUUUGCCGGUUGGAAGGCCGAUAAGGGUUGUCGGCCCUGUCCUGUUCAAUGCGGGACUGGUUUCUACUGGUAAGCUAUAUGUGGAAUGUUCACAUUUCGAUACCAUGUCGUCGGCAUUCCGACUGUACAGAAUAAGGUUUUGUAUAGGCUGACUCAUAUCGCCAUAGUGUUGAGGACAGUUAAAUGUUACAUAAACAGAAUUGCAGGUCGAUCGCAAAGGCGAACGAGUGCAGCCUAACGG